CUGUGUAUUUUUCAUUUCCAUUUCCGACCUCUUCUUCUUCUUAUCUGAGAAAGAACGAUUGUGUGUGUGUGUGUGUGUGUGAGAGAGAGAGAGAGAGAGAGAGAGAUGGCUACGGAUGUGGUGUGUUCGGAACAUGCGUUGGUGGGGAAGAGGCAGGGCAUUGAAGAGCAUGCUUGCUGUGCUGGACCAGGCUAUGCUUCACCUCUUGAUGCCAUGGCUGGUCCCAAAGAGGCUCUCAUCUAUGUCACCUGCGUUUACUCUGGAACAGGAAGAGAGAAGCCUGAUUACUUAGCAACAGUGGAUGUUGAUCCAAAUUCUCCCACUUAUUCAAAAGUUAUCCAUAGGCUGCCUGUGACACAUCUAGGUGAUGAACUCCAUCAUUCAGGAUGGAACUCAUGCAGCUCUUGCUAUGGAGAUCCAUCCGCAGUUCGGCGUUUUUUAAUCCUGCCUUCACUGAUAUCUGGCCGUAUAUAUGUGAUCGACACAAAAUCCAAUCCAAAAGCUCCUUCUUUGCACAAAGUUGUUCAGCCUGAAGAUAUUGUAAGUAAGACUGGAUUGGCAUAUCCACAUACAUCCCAUUGUCUUGCUUCUGGUGAUAUACUGAUUUCAUGCAUUGGAGAUAAAGAGGGAAAUGCUAAGGGGAAUGGAUUUCUUCUUCUAGAUUCAGAAUUUAAUGUGAAAGGAAGGUGGGAGAAACCAGGGCAUAGUCCACUGUUUGGCUAUGAUUUCUGGUACCAGCCACGGCACAAAACAAUGAUAAGCUCCUCAUGGGGUGCUCCUGCUGCAUUUAAAGGAGGUUUUAACCUUCAGCAUGUUGCUGAUGGUCUCUAUGGGAAGCAUCUUUUUGUAUACAGCUGGCCUGACGGUGAACUGAAGCAAACAUUGGAUCUUGGAAAUACAGGGUUGUUACCCUUGGAGAUAAGAUUCCUGCAUGAUCCUUCUAAAGAUACAGGGUUUGUUGGAUGUGCCUUAACAAGUAACAUGGUGCGGUUUUUCAAGAACCAAGAUGGUUCGUGGAGCCACGAGAUUGCAAUAUCAGUGAAGCCAUUGAAGGUGCAGAACUGGAUUCUUCCAGAAAUGCCAGGGCUGAUAACUGAUUUUCUGAUUUCUCUGGAUGAUCGUUUUCUAUACUUCGUGAACUGGCUUCAUGGCGAUGUGAGGCAGUACAACAUUGAGGACCCUGAAAAUCCAAAGUUGACAGGACAAGUAUGGGUUGGAGGACAGAUUCAAAAGGGAAGCCCAAUUUUGGCUGAGGGCGAAGAUGGUAAAACAUGGCAGUUUGAUGUUCCUGAAGUCCAGGGACAUAAACUGAGGGGUGGACCACAAAUGAUCCAGUUAAGCUUAGACGGGAAGCGACUAUAUGUCACCAAUUCACUUUUCAGUGCAUGGGAUCGCCAGUUUUACCCUCAACUUGUGGAAGAAGGAUCUCACAUGUUACAAAUUGAUGUUGAUACUGAAAAGGGUGGUCUUGCUAUCAAUCCAAAAUUUUUCGUGGAUUUUGGUGCUGAACCUGAUGGUCCGUCUCUAGCCCAUGAAAUGAGAUACCCUGGUGGUGACUGCACUUCUGAUAUAUGGAUUUAACUGUCUGAAAUCUUUAUGUGAAAAUCAGGUGUGGACAUUAUUACAUCUUUAGGAUGAAUACUGAUUCUUCCCGUAUGUAUAGAUCCUAAUAACAGCAUGCAAGGCAAAAUACUUGAUGAAAUAAUCAAAGUGAAACUUCGUUCUAUGCGUAUUUAUAUCCUAAACAAGAUUUGUGGUAUUUAUUUAUUCAUGUUUAUUUUAUUUUAUUUA